UCAAAAAAAAUGUAUACAAAAAUUCUUGUUUUUUUAUUCAUUAAUUUCUUUUAUUUUUUUUACUUUCUAACAUUGGCUUCUGACCCUGACCCUAUCCAAGAUUUUUGCAUACCUAACACAAAAAAAUCAAAAUCCAUUUUCCUAUCACCAUGCAAAAAUUCAAAACUAGUAACACCAGACGAUUUCGUAUUUUCCCGCCUAAAACCCCCAGAAAAUUUCACCGACACAGGCCUCGCGGCCGUGUCAGUGAACCCCUCGAUAUUUCCUGGACUUAACACGUUAGGAAUGUCGUUCGUGCAUGUUGACUUGAACAUUAGUGGCAUAAACCCCCCUCAUUUCCACCCUAGAGCGACCGAAAUUGCCUACAUUCUACGUGGAAAAGUCUAUUCAGGAUUCGUCGAUUCAAAUAAUCGAGUUUUUUCUAAGGUGAUUGGACCAGGAGACGUCAUGAUUUUUCCUAAGGGGUUAGUACAUUUUAUGAUGAACGUCGGAGAAACUCCGGCGACAAUUUUCGGGUGUUUUAAUAGCCAAAAUCCAGGCAAUGUGAAAAUUCCAUCAACAAUUUUUGGUUCUGGAAUAAAUGAUGAACUUUUGGAGAAGGCAUUUGGAUUGAAUAUUAAGCAAAUCGUUGUAAUGAGAAGGAAGUUUUUUCCCAAAAAGAUAAAGAGGUAAAGUUUGAUGAGGUUCAUAAUUAGGGAAAAAAAAUAAAUAAGAAGAAUAUUUUUAUUAAUUUGCCUCUUGAGAUACUUUUGAAAUUUUACAAAUUUAUUUUUAUAUUUUUAAAGAGUAUUAAUUGUAGAGG